UCCAAUGUAUUCUCUAUGUUUGAACAAACCCAGAUCCAGGAGUUCAAAGAGGCUUUUACCAUCAUGGAUCAGAACAGGGACGGCUUUAUUGACAAAGCAGACUUGAGAGACACAUUUGCUGCACUAGGUCGUCUGAAUGUCAAGAAUGAAGAGCUUGAAGACAUGGUGAAGGAGGCGCCAGGUCCUAUUAACUUCACUGUCUUCCUUACUAUGUUUGGGGAAAAGCUGAAAGGUAAGUACCUUUGGGGGGUUGGAGAGGUAUCUGUCAAAGAUCCUCAAGGAGCAGGGAAAUUAAAAAGCAAGUACAUCAAAGAAAUGCUUAUGACACAGGCAGACCGGUUCAGUCAAGAAGAGAUCAACCAGAUGUUUGCCGCUUUCCCUCCAGAUGUCUCUGGUAAUCUUGACUAUAAGAACCUCUGUUACGUUAUCACCCAUGGUGAGGAGAAAGACUAAGAGGAAAGAGAUGAGCUUCUCCCGUGGUGAUGCACCAAGUUAUUUCAUAAUGCUUUUGUGUGCAAGACAAAGG